GCAGAAGCUGAGAAGGAAACUCAAAUGGCUGGACUAGAGACCCCUGAAACUCGAGUAGCUGUGUUUGAGCAGCAGAAUGAAGUUGAAGAAAGAGAUUCCCUCUCUAGGGAAGUCUCAAACUUUAUGCUUGAUGAGACAGAAGAAGAGUCUGAAAGGACAUUGAAGAUUGAUGAUGGAAAAGCUGAGCAAGAAGAUGUUGAAUCGCUCCCUAUGCAACUCUUCCACAGAGCACCUUUUUCACAUCAGGUAACUAACUUUCACUUCCACAGCUCUUUCACAUCCACCCUUCCGGAUGAGGUAUCGGAAAACUGGACAAGAAAGGUCCAAGGGUUGAUUGAAUCAGCCCUAGCGUCUCAGCAUGCCUCCUUUAGGCAAGAUAUAGAGCAAAUGGAAGCUAGGCAUAACAAACUGAUUGAGAAAUCUGAAGAGAAACGUUGCUCAGAUCUCAAGGAGAUAAGCAAAUCCGUGGACAAGACUCUAGAGAUUAUUUCUCUUUUGAGUAACUCUGUGAGCAACACAAUGGAAGCCUAUGCAUCUGACAGCCACCUACAAUUCAAAGAAAUCACUAGAAUCAAGGAGCAGAUAGCAACUGUCACAAUCAGUCUUCAGAAGCAGAUGGGAUUCCUUCAGAUGGAUAUCAGAUCAGCAUUGGCAGUGUCUUCAGCAAAUCAGGUGGUGAUCCAAGACUACUUAAAGGUUAUUGCUGAAAAUCAGAAGGAAGCAUUCAGGAUGUUCAGGCACUUUGGAACUUACACUGGCAAUCGCAAGAUAGAUGUAAUUGUCCAACACAAUAGUCCAUCCCUGAUCCCACAGCUGCCUAUUGAAGUCAAGCAAGGUGAGCUCACUUACAUUCCAUCUCAUCUGAACAUGACAGAACUGAUACUAGAAGCCCAGCAGAGCAAUCCGGAGAACUCAACUCAACAUCUAACAGACUCUAGCCUUGAUGGAUCAGAAGUUGUUGGAACCAUUGCCUCCCACUUCUCAGAUGAUGCACAAACAAAGGAGAGAUACAAAAAUCUAAGGCGCAUCAAAGAACAAUGUGGAAUUAUGCAAGGCAUUGGUGAGACUGCCGGAUCAUCAAAGCGCAGGAAGCAGUGAAGGCUCUUUUCAUUAAACCCAGGGGAAUCAUUAUUUUAUCAAUAUAUGUGGGUGUCUGUGUGUGCAGCAUUUUUGGCCUCGCCGCAGGAUCGUUAAUGUUUGUUGCACGAGACAUACCUGGCUCGAUUACUGGAGCUGUAUUUGCUAUCUUUCAAUGUGUUUUCGCUAGCUUUUACUCCUGGCACGCUCCAUACUCGUUAGAAUGGUGUUGCAACAGAGUGUGAUUGAUUAUUAUAUGCUCCCUCUGAUCUAUCCCAUAAAAUCUGUUAUGUUUG